AUGGAGCUCCCCUUCGUCACCCUCGACGUCUUCACCCGCACCCGCUUCCGCGGCAACCCCCUCGCCGUCGUCACCAUCCCCGCCGGCGUCCCCAAGCCCACCCAGGACCAGAAACAAAUCGUCGCCCGCGAGUUCAACCUCUCCGAGACCGUCUUCAUCCACGACGUCGCCGACCCGGAGACCAACCACUCCCGCCAGAUCGACAUCUUCCUCACCACCGCCGAGAUCCCCUUCGCCGGCCACCCCACCAUCGGCGCCGCCGUCUCCCUGCUCCGGGGCUCCCCCCACCCCGUCACCGAGCUCGUCACAAAGGCCGGCCGCAUCGCCGUCACCCGCACCGGCGAGGAUUCCGCCACGGCCACCGUCCCGCACAAAGUCCACCUGCACGCCGCCACCCUCGCCUCCUACGCCGGCAUCACCGCCGCCCAGCUGCAGGCCAACGACGCCAUUCGCGAGUUGGAGCUCGCCGCCCCCAUCUUCAGCCUCGUCAAGGGCGUCAGCUUUGCCCUCGUCGAGCUGCCGUCGCUGGAGCUGCUUGCCGACGUCACCGCUGGCCACAAGUUCAAUGCCGAGGGCUUCCUCGACGAGGACUGGCAGACCGGCUUCAUCGGCCGCUUCUACUACGUCCGCACCGGCUCCUCGACUGCCGAUGGCGUUCCCGUCGUUCAGCUGCGCACGCGCAUGAUGGCCGAGGGCUUCGAAGAUCCCGCCACCGGCGCCGCCUCGAGCUGUCUGGCCGCCUAUCUUAGCACCCAAGGCGGUGACAAGCAGACGACACCCGCAAGACGGUACGACUUCACCCAGGGCGUCGAGAUGGGCAAGGAGAGCGCCAUCCAGGUCGACGUCAACCUCAAGGACGGUGCCCUCGACACAGUCAUCCUUGGCGGCCCAGCAGUCCAAGUCAUGCGUGGACAUGUUCAAAUUGAGUAG